GAGGUACCAUUAAGAUUGGGAAGUGGAUUGAAUUGGAUGAAGAAUUUUGGUAUGAAAAAUAAGUAACUUAUGACGGCGAAUAUCAAAAUGGUAAAAAAGUUGGUCAUUGGAAUACAUUAUAUCAAAGAAAAUAAAUGUAAAAAAAUAUUGUUUAAGGUUUUUUAAAUUUUUAAAACUGUAAGUGGUGGCGGGAUGUAUGAAGGAGGCAACAAAUUUGGGAAGUGGAUUGAAUUAGAUUAGAGAUUUUAUCAUGAAAAUUAAGUAAUUUAUAAUUGUGAAUACAAAAAUGGAUAAAAAUUUGGUAGAUGGAACACUAAAUAUAUGAUAACCUCUAGCGAUGCUUUCUUAUUAAUGUAAAAGAUAUUUUUAAAGAAUGCAUUUAUCAAUAUAUAAGUGGUUGCGGAUCAUAUUGCGAAGGAGGUAAUUGUAUGAAAGUUGG